AUGCCAGGACUUAAUACAGACAUUGUAGCCCAUAAACUACCUUUGAAACCCGAAUGCAAACCAAUUAAGCAAAAGUUGAGAAGAAUGAAACCUGAAAUACUGUUGAAAAUCAAGGAAGAGGUGAAAAAACAAUUCGACGCGGGAUUCUUGAAAGUAGCGAAGUACCCUGAAUGGGUUGCAAAUAUUGUCCUAGUGCCUAAGAAAGAUGGGAAAGUGAGAAUGUGUGUGGAUUAUCGAGACUUGAAUAAAGCUAGCCCAAAAGAUAAUUUCCCUUUGCCCCACAUUGACACCCUCGUUGACAAUACUGCCCGUCAUUCCAUGUUUUCCUUUAUGGAUGGUUUUUCAGGGUAUAACCAAAUUAAGAUGGCACUAGAAGACACAGAAAAAACCACUUUCAUAACUAUGUGGGGGACCUUUUGUUAUAAGGUAAUGCCAUUUGGUUUGAAGAAUGCCGGGGUAACUUAUCAGCGGGCCAUGGUGAGUCUCUUCCAUGAUAUGAUGCACAGAGAGGUUGAGGUGUAUGUGGAUGAUAUGAUUGUAAAAGCUCGCAAAACAGAGGACCAUGCGACCAAUCUUGAAAGGUUAUUUAAGAGGUUACGGAAGUUUCAACUCAAAUUAAAUCCGGCAAAGUGCACUUUUGGAGUCACUUCAGGAAAGCUACUGGGUUUCGUCGUCAAUGAAAGAGGAAUAGAAGUUGACCCGGAUAAGGUUCAAGCAAUCCGUGACUUGCCUCCUCCCAAAACACAAAAAGAAGUUAGAGGAUUCUUGGGAAGAUUGAAUUAUAUAGCCCGAUUCAUAUCACAACUCACACUCAAAUGUGACCCGAUCUUCAAACUCCUUCACAAACACAAUCCUGGGGCAUGGAACAAGGAGUGCCAAGUUGCUUUUGACAAGGUUAAAGUAUAUCUGUUGAGUCUGCCAGUGUUGGUACCACCUGUGGCCGGGAGACCCCUCAUCUUGUACUUGACGGUAAAUGAAGGAUCCAUGGGAUGUGUGUUAGGACAGCAUGAUGAAACUGGUACGAAAGAAAGGGCAGUUUACUACUUGAGUAAAAAGUUCACUGAGUACGAGUCCAAGUAUUCCUCGUUAGAAGAGAUGUGUUGUGCUUUAGCAUGGACGGCGUAUCGACUCAGGCAGUACAUGCUAUAUCAUACCACUUGGCUCAUUGCGAAGUUGGAUCCUAUCAAAUACAUCUUCGAGAAACCAUCCUUAUCAGGUAGAGUGGCAAGAUGGCAAGUGCUGUUGUUUGAAUAUGAUAUUGUAUAUGUGUCCCAAAAAGCUAUCAAAGGAAGUGCAAUCGUUGAUUUUCUGGCAGAAAGGGUGGAAAAGGAUUAUGAACCAAUGGAGUUUGAGUUUCCAGAUGAGGACCUGAUGUCGAUUUGUCAAACAAAUGAGGAGGAAUCAGAGGAGAAAGAGAAUUGGAAGAUGUUUUUUGACGGAGCUUCAAAUGCCUUGGGGCAUGGCAUAGAGGUCGUGUUAGUGUCACCGGAAGGAGAUCAUUAUCCCGUCAUAGCUAAACUCAAUUUCUAUUGUACCAAUAAUGUGGUCGAAUAUGAAGUUUGUGUCAUGGGUCUUCAGGCAGCAAUCGAGAGGAAAAUUCAUGUUUUGGAAGUGUAUGGGGAUUUUACUUUGGUCAUUUAUCAGUUGCGAGGAGAAUGGGAGACACGCGACUCGAAGUUAGUCCGGUAUCAUAAGUAUGUUUCAAAGCUGAUGGAAAAUUUUGAUAAGAUUUGCUUCACCCAUUUGCCCCGAGAGGAGAACCAAAUGGCUGAUGCAUUAGCCACGUUGGCAGCUAUGUUCAAAGUUGGUACCAAUGUCAAGAUUCAACCCAUCAUGAUUAAUCUUCGAGAGUGCCCCGCACACUGCUCCGGUGUAGAGGAAGAAGUAGACGAGAAACCGUGGUACCAUGAUAUUGUGCAUUAUCUCAAGUUUCAGCAGUAUCCGGAGCAAAGCUCAGAAAAUGAUAAGAAAACCAUUAGAAGGUUGGCAAUGAAUUUCUUCUUGGAUGGGGACAUCUUAUACAAAAGAAGUAGGGAUCAAGUGUUUUUUAGAUGUAUGGAUUCAGCCGAAGCUAGGAGAAUAGUUGAGGAAGUCCACGAAGGAAUUUGUGGGGGACAUGUAAGUAGGCAUAUGUUGGUAAGACAGAUCUUGAGAUCAGGGUAUUACUGGCUCACGUUGGAAACGGAUUGUAUGGAUUUCGCUCGAAAGUGUCACAAGUGUCAAAUAUACGCAGAUAGAAUCCACACUCUUGCAAAUUCACUAAAUGUACUGACAUCACCAUGGCCAUUCUCAAUGUGGGGCAUGGAUGUGAUUGGGUUAAUAACCUCGAAGGCAUCAAAUGGGCAUCGGUUUAUUCUGGUGGCGAUUGACUACUUCACUAAGUGGGUAGAAGCAGCAUCUUAUGCCAAUGUGACUCAGAAAGUGGUUUGUGAGAAGUUCAAGAUCAAACAUCACUAUUCAGUGCCUUAUCGCCCAAAGAUGAAUGGAGCGGUAGAAGCAGCCAACAAGAACAUUAACAAGAUAAUUGAAAAGAUGACAAAUGUAUACAAAGAUUGGCAUAAGAAGUUACCAUUUGCUUUGCAUGCUUAUCGCACAACAGUCCACACUUCCACGGGAGCUACACCGUUCUCUUUAGUGUAUGGGAUGGAAGCAGUUUUGCCAAUUGAAGUAGAAAUCCCUUCCCUUCGGGUCCUUAAAGAAGUACAGUUGGAAGAAGCCGAAUGGGUUAACACUCGUUAUGAGCAAUUGAAUCUCAUAAAAGAAAAAAAGUUGACGACACUUUGCAAUGGACAAUUAUAA